AUGGCUCCAAAACAGGCCACCUUGGGCAAGUUCUUUGGCCAGCCCAACGGCGCGAAACCGCCUCCACCCCAGCAGACCAAACUGUCUUUUGCUACCAAGACAGGGGGCACAGGCUCUUCACCAGCCCAAACCGAUGCGCCUGCACCAGAGUCCUCCAGGGCAAGAUCGCCCAGGAGGUCAGAUGGAAGCUCCAAGGAGAAUGUCACCCCAGAGAAAGCGGACUCGAAAAAGCGCGCUCGUCGGACGAGUCCAGUAAGGUCGAAAUCGAGAUCCAGGUCAAGAUCGCCCAAGAGCAAAGCCGCUGUUGCAGGGUCUGGUGAAGAAGAGCCGCCUGUGAAACGAGCGCGCAGAGGCCGCCGGGUAGUCGAUGAAGACGAUGAAGAGAUGGAGGAUGCUCCUGUCAAGGCUGAGCCCACCGGAGCAAAAUCGAUAACCAAAUCUCCUGCCGCGCUAGUCCAGAAGAAAAAGUCGCAAGUGAAGAAAGAGGAGGAAGAGGAGGACAAAGAGGAAGCUGCGAUAGCGUCAUCGUCUGAAGCAGAAGAAGAGAUUGAUGAGGAGGACGAGAAGCCCGAAGUCGCAGCCAAGGCGCGGAAAACGGUUCAGACAUUCCUGAAGACAAGCAACAAGGACGCCUACCCAGACUGGAAGGCUGGUGAGCCUGUGCCUUAUGCGGCACUCUGCAAAACAUUCUCUCUUGUUGAGCUCACAACCAAGCGGCUGAUAAUUAUGGAAUAUUGCUCGCUCUUCCUACGACAGGUCAUGAGGCUGACGCCUGAUGAUCUUCUCUCCACCGUCAAUCUUAUGAUCAACAAACUAGCACCAGACUAUGCGGGCAUUGAGCUCGGCAUCGGCGAGUCGCUCAUCAUGAAAGCUAUUGGCGAGACGACAGGUCGCAGCUUGGCUGUGAUCAAACAAGACCAGAAGGAGAUUGGUGAUCUUGGCCUCGUUGCCGUGAAGUCGAGGUCAACACAGCCCACAAUGUUUAAGCCCAGGCCUCUGACGGUGCGAGGCGUCCAUAAGGGCCUCAUGGGCAUUGCUACGAUCACUGGUAACGGUGCCCAAGGCAGAAAAGUUGAUGCUAUCAAGAAGCUCCUCUCGGCCGCUGACUCAAAUUCCACUGGCAAGGUUGACAUCACAAAGGACAAGGGAGGCCCCAGCGAGGCCAAGUACCUGGUACGCUUCCUCGAAGGCAAGCUCCGUCUGGGACUUGCCGAGAAGACAGUGCUUGUUUCGCUCGCCCAGGCCGUCAUCGCCCAUGAGGCACAGGUCAAGGGCGGGACUCCGAGCACCUGCGACGUGGAGAAGGCUGAGGCUAUGCUGAAGACCGUUUACAGUGAGCUGCCGAGCUAUGAUAUCAUCAUUCCGGCUAUGCUGAAGCAUGGUAUCAUGCACCUGAAGGAAAAUUGUAACCUCCAGCCGGGCAUUCCACUCAAACCUAUGUUGGCGAAACCGACCAAGGCCAUCACUGAGGUUUUGGACCGAUUCGAAGACCAGACGUUCACGUGCGAGUACAAGUACGAUGGUGAGCGAGCGCAGAUUCAUUAUGUCGCAAAGGACGCGAAUGAGGAACUCAGCCAGGCUCUCCCUGACUCGAACAAGGAGGCUGCCAAGGGGGUUGCAGCUAUCUUCUCGAGAAAUUCCGAAGACUUGUCUAAGAAAUACCCCGACAUCCUUGCCAAGCUUCACACUUGGGUCAAAGACGACACGAAGAGUUUUGUUCUCGACUGUGAGACUGUUGCAUGGGAUGUGACAGAGAAGAAGGUGCUGCCAUUCCAGCAGCUCAUGACCAGAAAGAAGAAGGAUGUCAAGAUUGAAGAUGUCAAGGUCAAGGUCUGUGUGUUUGCCUUUGACUUGCUCUAUCUCAAUGGCGAAGCCAUCGUCGAGAAGCCGCUUCGAGAACGUCGCGAGCUACUCAUGCAAUCCUUCACACCAACACUGGGUGAAUUCGCAUUUGCAACUCACAUGGACGGCCAAGAACUUGAGGAGAUCCAGACAUUCCUUGACGAGAGUGUCAAGGCUUCUUGCGAAGGAUUAAUGGUCAAGAUGCUUGACGGUGCGGAGAGUGGGUAUGAACCCAGUAAGAGGAGCCGAAACUGGUUGAAGAUCAAGAAGGAUUACCUCUCGGGCGUGGGUGACUCUCUCGACCUCGUCGUGCUCGGAGCGUAUUAUGGCAAGGGCAAGCGUACCUCAGUGUACGGUGCCUUCCUCUUGGCUUGCUACAACCCUAAUUCGGACACGUAUGAGACGGUUUGCAACAUCGGUACAGGUUUCUCCGAGGCAGUCCUCGAGGAACUUCAUUCGCAGCUGAGCGAGAUCGUCAUUGACCGUCCCAAGCCCUUCUAUUCGCAUAGCUCUGGAGGCCAGCACCAGCCUGACGUCUGGUUCGAGCCCCGUUAUGUCUGGGAAGUCAGGACAGCCGACCUGACGCUGAGUCCGCGCUACAAGGCCGGCUGCAAGGAGGGUGUGGACCCAGGCGGCGAGAAGGGCAUCAGCCUCCGAUUCCCUCGUUUCAUCAAGAUCCGUGAUGACAAGAAGCCUGACGAAGCAACAAGCAGCCGUCAGGUCGCAGAGAUGUACCGCAAGCAGGAGAGCGUGACCAAGAGCAAGGGUCCUGCAGUCGAUGACGAUUUCGAGUAUUGA